GUGAUUUGAUUCUCUGCAAUGACCCACGUGCUGGUCCCCGAUUGUUCUGGGUCAACGGAAGAUUACUGGAAUUAACAAUUAAACACCUGUCACCACCAUGGAGCCUUUUUCUGACCAUUUUAUGGAAUUCCACCCCAUCCAUGGCACCAACGUCCGGCUAGACUAUUCAGGAACUCAGGCCACGAGGGUGGAGAGCUUCGCCAACGGAGUCUGCUUCAGCAAACACCCUCUGAACCCAGGCGAGAUUUUCCUCAUUGAAAUCGAGGACAAAGAAUUGGGAUGGUGCGGCCACCUCCGGGUAGGCCUGACCUCUCGGAACCCCAAAAACUUGGACGUUGUACCGGAAUAUUCUAUACCAGAUUUAACAGACCAGGGGGACAGUUGGAUAUUCGCCAUAACUCGGAAUCACAAUAAAAUUCCUGAGGUGGAACAGGAGCAGGCGGCAGAGGGUGAGGAGGCGGGAGGGCACAGACUUGGACGUGGCGAACCUGAAGAUGUAGCAGAAGUACAAGAAAACUCCAAACCUAAGUCUUUUUUCACUGACUCUCACCUGUUCGUAGACAAUGUCCGCAUCCCAAAGGACAAACUGGUUGGGAGGAGUAGACCAGGUCGCUUUAGUCACAUUUUGGAUGACUUGUAUAAGACUAAUGCACUACCCCCGACUGCCAGGAGGAGCAGGAUCGGGGUGCUGUAUGUGCCAAAGGGGCGGGGCCAAGGGGACAUGCACAUCAUCAUCAAUGGAGAGGACAUGGGCCCUUCAGCCCGGAGUAUCCCAACCACACAGCCGCUGUAUGCUGUGGUGGACGUCUUUGCUGCGACUAAAUGUGUCAGGAUAGUGCAAGUAGAGUAUGGAUUCUCCUCCUUACAGACGCUCUGCAGGAAAGCCAUCCAGAAGCACAUAGUCCACAGAAUGGCCAUAGACUGGCUGGAGCUGCCCGAAGCUCUCAAACACUACUGCAAGUAUGAGUGAACAACAACUUCAAUGACAGACUGCACUGACACACAGUAUUUUAGAAGGCUUACUUACAGUAUUUAAACUCACUUUCUGAAUUAAAAAAAUGA